GCCAUUCUCCAAGCGGGCCAACCGUUAGGAAUUUCUCGUACUGCCCACAGUGAAAGCCCUUCAGGUCUGACGGUUGUGUUGGUUGUCUGUUUGUUAAGCGUGCUGUUGGUCAGCCUCUGUUGCAGGCAACCUUCAUCCUUCCGUUCCUCCCGCACCAACGACCAUCAUCAGCAACAUCUCCUGAGCACUGGAACGACACGAACCAAGGCACGGUUUACAACACGAUCAACCGAUACCGCUGCACACCAGUGUGCCCGCGACCACACAGAACCACAAUUGCCAAUUACUUCGUGUACUAUUGCCCCAACAACGACGACGAUAGCGACGAGCAGCAAAUAUCAACCGCGUGUUGCAACCGCGGGCAUCGUUUGUCACUAGCUACGAGUGGAACCGACCGGACUGGCCGCAGUUAUCGUUCAGCGCCGAUCGACGCAGAACCGACGUCGACACAGUUAGUUGCACAGCAACCACCUAGCAAGAUGAGCAUGAGUUCAUACACCGAGAGCAGCUCGGAAGAGGAUGAUCUUUCACCCCGCGACAAGGUUCAGCAGAACUCGAAGGGAUUUGCCGAUUUUUGCGUUCGAAAUAUCAAGCAGCAUGCGUUCGGGCGGCACGAGAUCGAGAUCGCCGAGCAGGAGAUGCCCGGAAUCAUGGGACUACGCAAGCAAGCGCUCGACGACAAACCGCUGAAAGGUGCCAACAUCGUCGGUUGCACGCACAUCAACGCCCAGACGGCCGUCCUGAUCGAAACGCUCAUCCACCUUGGCGCGAACGUUAGAUGGGCCGCCUGCAACAUUUACUCCACACAGAACGAGGUGGCGGCUGCGCUAGCCGAAAGUGGAGUGCCCAUAUUUGCGUGGCGUGGUGAAAUUGAGGAAGAUUUUUGGUGGUGCAUCGACAAAUGUGUCCACGCCGAAAACUGGCAGCCUAACAUGAUCCUAGACGACGGUGGCGAUGCGACGCACCUAAUGCUAAAAAAGUAUCCGGUUAUGUUCAAGAUGAUCAAAGGCAUCGUAGACGAGAGUGUGACAGGUGUUCACCGACUGUAUCAGCUGUCGAAGACGAGCAAGCUAACCGUGCCGGCCAUGAACGUGAAAGACGCCAUCACCAAGACUAAGUUCGACAGUCUCUAUAGCUGCAAGGAAUCCGUUAUCGACAGCCUGAAGCGCGCAACGGACAUAAUGAUUGGUGGUAAGCAGGUGGUGCUGUGCGGUUACGGAGAAGUUGGUAAAGGAUGUGCCCAAGCGCUCAAGGGUCUUGGCUGCAUCGUCUACGUGACUGAGAUCGAUCCGAUCUGUGCGCUGCAGGCGUGCAUGGAUGGGUUCCGCGUGGUGAAGCUCAACGAAGUGAUUCGGACGGUCGACGUGGUUAUCACCUGUACUGGCAACAAAAAUGUUGUAACGCGCGAGCACAUGGACAAGAUGAAGAGCGGGUGCAUCGUGUGCAACAUGGGCCACUCGAACACAGAGAUUGAUGUAAAUAGCUUGCGCACAUCGGAGCUGCAGUGGGAGAAGAUGCGUUCACAGGUCGAUCACAUCAUAUGGCCUGGACCGGACGGUAAACGCAUUAUUCUGCUAGCCGAAGGCAGGCUGGUGAACCUGUCCUGUUCGAGCGUGUCUUCAUUUGUGGCAUCCAUUACCGCCGCCACCCAGGCACUCGCCCUCAUCGAACUGUUCAAUGCGCCGCCCGGGCGCUACAAGGCCGACGUUUACCUAUUGCCGAAGAAAAUGGAUGAGUACGUGGCGAGCUUGCACCUGCAGACGUUAGAUGCGCACCUGACGGAAUUGACCGACGAGCAGGCUCGGUACAUGGGCCUCAACAAGGCAGGUCCCUUCAAACCCAACUAUUACAGGUAUUAAAUGUGGCGAACGGCAUCGUUGGUAAGAGAUGAAAGAAGCUUCAUGCUGAAAAUCUCUCAAAUGAUAAUAACAACAACGACAUCGUCGUGUGUCGCCGAUGGUGCUGUGUUGCUCCAUUACUUCGGCCUUUGCAACCCAUUAUUCUAAGCCGCUGAUCUUAGACGAAUGAGCAACUGCAGACCACCAUUAUGCUAGGUUUAUGCAUCCGAAACGGUCACAGAAGGAAAAGAACACAAGAUGUCCUUCUACUGCACAGUGAACCGUAGGAGAGGAAAAAGUGUCAAAGAAAAAGAUGAUAUUUUAUUAAAUUCAUCCGCUGAUGGAAAAGCUGAUUGCAAGAUUUAUUAUGUUCGUAGUUUGUUUGACAAAUUUUCAUACUUACCACAUUUCACUUAAUACCGCGAACGCGCCAUAGCCAAGGUGCGCGAGCCUCGGUGAAACUUUAAUGAAUUUCCUUAUUACAUUAUAAAGUAAACAAAUGAAAUCGAAAAUAAAACAAAUGAAAGCUACACACAUACACACUUCCAGAAGAAGAAAUAUUAAUUACCAGUAUUUAGAAGCUGUAGAUUAUAGGAUAUGUAUGAGUAGCCCAGAUUAUGUAUGAUUGAAUUGAAGCCUUACUGAAAACGCUAUUUAACAAUAAAUCUCGCAUCCACGAGCUAAGCAAUGUCACGAUCAAAUGUAGACGAAUAAAGAAAUUGUGCUUUGUUCACUAAGAAGCCACACUGUAAGAUAUACUAUCUAUUGCAACACGCUACGUUCGAGUUUUAUCGCGAUUCAGGUUUUCUUUCUCAUUUCCCCCUUGCAAACGUUCCAUUAAAACAUGGUGAAAGAAGUACCAAGUAGUUUCAUUCAGCUGCGGCCGUUGAAGUUGUUAGAGACGCUUGACAUCGUGAUUGACUUAGGAAGAGCUGCAUUAGUACAUACUUGCGACACCUAGAACCCGCUCUUCUAGGCGAGACGAUUUGAUGUUUGAGCUAUUUUCAAUUGUUUCGUUUGACUUGCAUACAGGAGAAGGAAUAGAGAAGAUACAUUUAGUAAGAAGAUAUGGAAAUGUAGAAAAAGUUAAAGCACGGCAAUGAAGUUAUUCUGUUCUAUUCGAUUACGUACAAUACCGACAUAAAUGCUGUAUUUUGCACCUGUUCAGGAAUCUGUGCUUUCAGAUUGAAAAAAGAAACGAUGAAAACCGUUUUUCUUUCACAAUUUACCCUAAUGUUUACCGUUUUUUUUAAUUACCCUUUGGCGGAGUGGUUCAAUGGUUACACGCUUUCUGCGGUAGUCUUCUAAACGAAAUUAUUAUAAGACAAGUAGAAACGCGCGAAGCACAGGAACUUAGCGUCCGAGGCCCGCAUACCCACACACGAUACGUAUAUCCUUUUUGGCGAACGAAUUGCAAUAAAACAAAUGAACUAGUUUUAAAUG